GUUAGCAUAGUGAAUUGGCCUUGGGAUUGUCAGUGAUUUUUUGAAAGACACAGGUGCGUGGUUUGCAAGAUGAAACUGUGCGUGGUUUGCAAAACCCAUCACUGAGAGAGCUACAACUCAUGAACCAAUCCAACCACACCCACACUCAUCAAACCCACCACCACCAUCACUGAUAUCAUUGGGUGCAGAUUUCUUUUCGGGUUUUUCCGCCCAUAUCUUCUGUUCGGUGGUUCCUCUUUCUUCAUAUCGUGAGGAGGAAGGCUGUGAACUAUUCUAGUUUCCAUGGCUACUGAAACAGCUAUUCAAGAUCCAAGAAAACAUGCUUUGGAGGCAUUGAAGCGGAGGUUUGCCUUUGUCGAGGCUGAUCUGCUACAACAAAAGAACAAAAAGAGUAUAAAAGAAGGAGAUGGAAAAGAACCUCAUAGGACAACUUCUUUAGCAGAUAAAACUGAUGCAGCAGUCACUCCCUCAUUUGAUGCUCAACACAAGAAAGAUCCUGAAGAAAAUGCUCCGGCAUAUUUGCAGCUCUCUCAAGCUGUACAUGAGAAUCUGCUGGCAUCCAAUAUUAAGCUUUCUAGUAGAAAAGGAGACAUGGUCGAUAAGAUUUUGCACGAGCUUCUUCAGAAUGGUGAUAUGGCUCAGAAGUACAUGCAGAAGUCUAGAAAAAUACAUAUUGACCAUUUCGUCCUUCUUGAUAAUUAUGUACAAGGACGUGGCGUAUCUACUGGUUCUCAUAUCAGGGCUUUGCGGAUGCAUUCAAAGCGUUCUAAAAAGCACAUGUCCAUGAAACAGCAUAAAAAAUGUGGAUCAUUUGAUUUGCCCCAAGAGCUUCAUAAGUUUGAUGUUUUUAGGCCUAUGCAUGAAAUGUGGAAAGGCUACAUGAUGCAACUGCUUAAAACUGUCGGGAAAAAUCAGUUGGCUCAGUGUCUUCUCAGCGCAGAUCUACAUGGUGCUUUCAUUCUAGUUGCUGAGUGUAAAGCAACUUCUUUCACUGGAGUGAGCGGCAUCAUGAUUCGUGAAACUGCAGAAACAUUUGGGAUAAUUACACAAGAUGAUGUCUUCCGAGUUGUGCCCAAAAAGAUUUCUGUCUUUAUUUUCCAAGUUGAUUGCUGGAAAGUUACAUUGCAUGGGGACAAACUCACUUCAAGAAAUUUGGGCUUGUGAUCUUGAUAUUCAUCAUUGCAUCCAAGGGGAAACAAUUUCACGCAAGAAGGCUUUUCUUUUUGUAUUCCAGAAGCUCAGAGAAUUUAUUUAGGUCCAACUUUGAUGGAGCUACAGGAAAGCACAAAAUGUGUAUCUAGCGGUGAGGAGUUGACCAUGUCAUAUCCUAUUCUUUCAUUUCUAUGUGGAGAUGGGUCUUAACAAGGAUGAUUGAUGUGACAAUUUUUGGUUGGCAGGCAGCUGAGACAGUUUUGGUUUUACUUUUUAGACAGAAAACUAUGACAGGAAGGGCAAAUCUAUCUUCAAGGUGAUUGCACUGCCAGGUGGUCUAUCCUGUUCUUUCAUUUCUAUGUUGUGUUUGACAGUACAAAAUAGGCAUGAGAAAUGCUGUUUAUGAUUGGUCGGGAAAAACUUACGGAACUUGUAAUAUUUAUUUCUCUUUAUAUUUUAAUGAUUUUUUUCUUUGCUUUCUUGGCUAUAAUUUGCUCUCUAAAGGAUGUGUUUUUGACCAAGUAUUAAUCCUUAGUUUCUGUUAAAAGA